GGAUGAAACCGUCCACGUCAGCAUCCGCGGAAUCUCGACCACAAAGCUAGAAAAACCAGAAUCCUCCUGUGAUUCUAUUUACAGCCCCAUCUCCGAAUCCUUUUAAAGGAUCCAAAAAUCUUCUUAUAAUCGAAGCCGUCUAGGCUGUUCUCUGUUGAUCGGGCGUGAAUUUGGUUCUCUUGCGAGGCUGCAAUGGCUUCCAAAUCGUCGCUGUAUUUGAUUGUCCCGGUUUUUGUUCUAUUUGCAACUUUGCAGCCAUGUUUUGCGUUGAUAUCAUCGCCGGAAAUCAAUCCUCCGUACCCGAAAGCCAUUUCUGAUUUGAAGGAAGCGAUUGUGAAGGGACUAGGGUUUCAAGCCGAUGAUUUGAAGAUAUCGGGGUUUGAUAUUCGUGACGCUCUCGUGGGCCACUCGGUGUCAUAUGAAUUCGAUGUGGAAAUAAACAACAAGGUGCUUCCGUUCAAGCUGUUGGAGGAUGUGAACCGGUGGGAGUACGUGGAUUUGCCUAUGUUUAAGGUGGUGGAGGAUGGAUCAUCGGCGCUUGUGGAAAAGAGGAACUCGGAUAAAGCUUUGCCUGUUUUGGCUCCCUUCCAGCUGGCGGGUCCAAUGGAGCUUUGGAUCCAGGAUGCAAAGGAUAUGCGUCUCUCUUUGCCGCAUGAUGUGGAUGCUGGUGUGUUGAAAAAAGUAGUACUUGCUGAUGGUGCUAUUGUAACUGUGAAGGGUGCCCGAUCAGUUAGCCUGCGCCACCCUGUUGAUCUUCCCCUCCCCCUCAACCGAACUAGCCACGAAUAUGCUUCUGGUCUUCUAGCCCUAGCUGAACAACUUCGCCAUGCUUCCCGCAUAGAUGGGGCUCCAGUCCUUUCCCUUCGCAUUGUUGGCCCAACUUCUCUUUCAACGUCUUCCUCAUCAUCACCAUCUUCUGUUAAUAAGCUUAAACUGAAGCGCCUUGCCCCUGGCCUUGUGGAACUAUCAUCAUCAUCAAAGGCCAGAACUAUGGAUGCCAUCUCAACCAUUGAUCUACAUGGAGAGACACUUUUAACUCCAAAUCAGUUCACUGCAAUGUGGCCUCUCACCUCCAUCAAUGGCUCAAGCUCAAACUUAAUUGGAUUGGAAGCAUUGCUCUCAUCUGUAUUAGGUCCUAAGGCCCAUGAGAAAGGUUCCUUUCGGUUAUUGAAGGCAGAUGUCUCGGCGCAGACCUUUGUGAAGAUUGGUUUUGGCGUUGAAAAGAAGUUGAGAGAAGGGGAUAUUGACCUUGAAGGUUUCCCAGAAUGGAGGACAAAGCCUGAGACAGUGCGGAUGCAUUUUGAGGUGUUGGCUAAAGUCGAUGGCGAGAAGGUUGUGCCAGAGCGAGUGAUGCAGAUUAACCCCGUGGUUGUGGAGGAUACGGUAGCUCCAAAUGUACUCUCGGGGAACAUAUCCAUGUCAAAUACUCCUAUUAUUUACCCUCCUCCAAACCCCUUCACCUUGUAAAUUUCCAGAGGGGUCUAAUUUUGUCCUAUUUAGUUCCAGAAAAUGUAAAAAUGAAACUACUAUUUCUUUUUCUUUUUUUCCUUUUUGCAAAUAUAUACGAUGAGCUAUGGAAGAGUUCAAAAGAACUGUUUAGAUUUGUGCAAUAAAAGACAGAAAGCUAUCUUUAUGUACC